AUGCCGGCGCACUCUCGCGCUCUCACUUCCCUUCGUUGCGCUCUCUCUCCCACUCCGUUGCUCUCUCUCUCUCUCUCUCUCUCUCUCUCUCUCUCUCUCUCUCUCUCUCUCUCUCUCUCUCUCUCUCUCUCUCUCUCUCCCUCCUUUGCUCUCUCUAUGUCGCCGCUUCCGUUGCUCUUUCCCAACCCCCCUCUGUUUUCUCUAUCUCUCUCCCCUCUCUGCCGCUAUCUCUCUCUCUCUCUUUCACCCUCCGUGUCCGUUGAUCGUUUUAUCGGUCCGCCUCCGUUGCUCACUCUCUCGCUCUCCCUGUCCGUUGCUCGUUUUCGAUGGUCCGUCUCUGUUACUUUCUCUCUCAAUCGCGUUUCCGGUUUUUUGCUCGUUAUCGAGGUCGCUUCCGUUGCUUUCCCUCUCCCCUUCCGUCGCUUCUCCUCUUAUCUAUUUCUCCCCCGCCGUUGCUCUCUCCAUGUAUCCGCGUCCCUUGCUCUCUCUCUCUCUCUCUCUCUCUCUCUCUCUCUCUCUCUCUCUCUCUCUCUCUCUCUCUCUCUCUCUCUCUCUCUCUCUCUCUCUCGACGCCUCUAUGUCGCUCAAUCUCCCCCACCGUUGCUCUCUCUCUCCAUCCGCCUCCCGCUCUCCUGCACCCUCUCUCUCUCGCUCUGCCGCACUCUCUCUCUCACUCUGCCGCCCUCUCUCUCUCUCGCUCUGCCACACUCUCUCUCUCGCUCUGCCGCACACUCUCUCCCUAUCGCUCUGUCGCACUCUCGCUCUAUCGCUCUGCCGCGUUCUCGCUCUAGCGCUCUCCUGCACCCUCUCUCUCUCGCUCUGCCGCACUCUCUCUCUCGCUCUGCCGCACACUCUCUCCCUAUCGCUCUGCCGCACUCUCGCUCUAUCUCUCUGCCGCGUUCUCGCUCUAGCGCUCUCCUGCACCCUCUCUCUCUCGCUCUGCCGCACUCUCUCUCUCACUCUGCCGCCCUCUCUCUCUGGCUCUGCCUCACUCUCUCUCUCGCUCUGCCGCACACUCUCUCCCUAUCGCUCUGCCGCACUCUCGCUCUAUCGCAUUGCCGCGUUCUCGCUCUAGCGCUCUCCUGCACCCUCUCUCUCUCGCUCUGUCGCACUCUCUCUCUCACUCUGCCACCCUCUCUCUCUCGCUCUGCCACACUCUCUCUCUCGCUCUGCCGCACACUCUCUCCCUAUCGCUCUGCCGCACUCUCGCUCUUUCGCUCUGCCGCGUUCUCGCUCUAG